AUGGAUCCACCGCAGUCGCAGGAGUCGGCUACGGCGAUGGAAGUUGAUGGAUUCGAGGUGCAAGGUCCACCCGCAAUUAUAAAUGAAUUCAACAUUACGCCUGAGGCGUUCCCAUGGCGUGCACCGAUCCCCGACAAGGUCAAAAGCAGGCGUGUGGAAAUGGGCGGCCAACUUCUCUUCGAUAUUGUGCUUCGCUCCGGAGGUAUUGACGAGCCGGAAGAAGUAUAUCCGCCCACUGAUGCCGCCUCUCUUCAACGACUUCUCGACGCGAUAGCUGAGACGUCGUAUGACGCGGUUAAGAGGGACAGCAUCAUCUAUUUUCUCCUCAAGUGGCACCAGGAUGGCCGCGAAAAGAAAUUUGCCAUGGCAAGGUGUAUACCACCUCACUUUGCUAUUUUGUCGGAUGCGUAUUGGCAUCUGGAUUUUGGCGAACAACUUGCUGACUAUGAAAAAGCCGUAUCGAUAUUAGCCGAUGCGCGGUUAGAGAGACAUUAUGCGUCGGAGAUCAUCCAGGCGUUGUCUCUGGCAUCCGACCCCAGUCCGCUCAUCCGAAAAUAUGUACGAACUGCGAAGCCGCGGCUCAGCAAACCAGGAGACAUCGACGCGUAUACAAUGGCUUUGGCAGACUCAAGUCUUGUGGAAGCAUGGGAAUAUCAGCAGACAUACCCUCCAGUAAAGGGCGGGACGCGCGAAAGGUUAAUCAAGAAGAUUCUGGGUUGGUGUCUUGCGCCAAUACCAGGCGUGGAGCCGCUCAAACAGCUCGCCGAAUUUCCUCUCGAAAAACUUGAGCAAGAUAUACUGCACAGCUACGCGACCGAGCCGCCCUCCGACCUCCCUCUCGCCUCCAUUCCCGCCAUCCAGGAUCUAGUGGUGCUGCGGCUCGUGCAAGCAGGCGAAUUUGCGGCUGCAGUCAAGCUUGACCGUCAGCUUUCCUCGCACUCCGCACUUUACCCGAGCGAAGCGAACAAAAUUGCCGUUGCAGAACGCCGGAAGAUAAUGGACGAGAUCAUGGCUGCGCUGCCAGCUUCAGAGCGACAGCUGCUGGAGAUCGAGCUUGAGCAGCUCGCAUUGGGCAAAGGGACGGGCAUGAGCGGGCCUGUACUGACGACAUCUUGGAAGGAGCGGAUCGCAAAUGAUUCUGAGUUGAGUAUGUCGUGGGAGAGCGCGGGCGCGUCACGCUCAGUCGCGCCACCUCCCUCGGCCCCCCUCCACAGAGAGCCUGCGUUCUUUACCGUCACUGAACCCUCGGGCGCACUGCGUUUCGGCGGACCUCUGCCCAUCAUCCCGCACGAAGAGCGGGAGACGCCGCGAUUCUCAAUUUCGGCUGGACCGCGUCGUGUACCAUUGCAUCCGACUGGCGAGUCCAUAUCUGCUCCUGUGACCGCGUCUUCGGGCAUGUACGGACAGACGAGCAUAUCUCCUGUGCGGCCGAUGCACGCAGUGCCGGGAAGCGCGAGCAGACCCUCUGCGCGAGCGGCCGCUGUCCUCGGUGGCACAAAUGCACCUCGUACACGCUCAGGAGCCAUUGCCCCAGUUGCUGGGCCCUCUUCCAUCCUGUCUCCCUCCCGCAAUGUCCCAUACAUUGUCCGCGAAGCUCCCAUCGCAUCCGAGACCGAGGAACUCUAUCAGGCGGCCGGCAGCGCGAACCAGUACUCGAAUGCCUUCUUCCCGACGUUCCCCACAGCUGGCGUGAAGCGGGCGUUUGGCGAGGACGGACCCCGGACUCCGGCCGCGGCUGAGGUGAUGGAGUCGUCCCCCGAAGUGGAAGCAACACCCGAGGUUGAGCAGUCUUCCGAAGGCGAGCGCACCCCGGAGGCUGGGGCUGUUCCCAGGGCCAGGGCUGCUUUCGAGCCCGAGGAGGUGCCCAUGGAAGACCUAUACGAACCUCGCAUGCCACAGCCCGACGUCGAGAUGCAGGAGACGGAGGCUCCCUUGGCGAACGGCCACGCGGACGCUUCACGAUUCAAGACUCCAGAGCCCAAGCCUGCACCGCAGACGCCCCAGGUCACGGCGCAAUUCAGCUUCUCCUUCGUUGACUCGCGUAGCGGAUGGGAAUCAAGGAAGUCGCCGCGCCUCCACAAGGAAAAGUCGCCUGAGUUUCCUGGCUCGUUCACUCAUAGCGACGGCGAGGGGGAAUCUGAGCCCGAGCUGCAGGCCGGCCCUGAGCCCGUGCAGUCCACGCCGCCGCGUCAGGCGUCGCCUCUCGGCCUAACUCCGCGAAUUCCGUCACCUUCGCCUAUGCAGCAACCACGCGGCGCAGGCGUGCAGGAGCCAGAGGUCCGUGAGGACGAGCAGAGGAUACCAGGGGGUCUGAUGGACGAGGACGAGGAUGAAGGACAUGAUUUCCUCCCCCCGCUCCCACCGACCACACCGUCCGCCCGUCGAGGGCGCGCGCGACCUUCUGGCUCGCGUGGCGGCACUCCGGAAGUAGCGACUGCGACGCCUUCAAACCUGAGAAGGUCGAGCAGGAUAUCAUCAUCCACGCCUGCGGUCGAACCGGAAUCUCCCGUCAAGCCUGCGGCUAAGUCGCGGUCUUCACGUAAGACCGUUGCAGGAGGGACGAAGUCGGCUAGGAAGAAGCGUCCGUGA